AUGGCUACCAAACCAUUUAAAGUGCAUUGCAGAGAUGAUGAUAUUACUACAACUGAGAUUGCACACAAUCAAUCGCAUAACUAUAUUAAAGUUCCAUCUGAUACAUCGUUGGUGGGGCCUGGUAAAUUUGAAGUGAAUUAUACCUAUGGAUAUGGUGCAACCUUUGAUCAAUUAGGUACUUUAGCCGAACAAUCACAAAACUGCUCCCAAUUUAUCGGCUAUGAAUGCCAACGCUCAGUACUUUUGAAUUGGCCUAAAAUGCCUUAUGUUUGGUGGACUUCGCGUUCGGGUACCAGCGUAUUCAGCUGGGGUGGAGCCCCUGCUAAUUCAAGCAUGUGUGACUGCGGUUUAACCGACACUUGCCAUGGUGGAACUGGGACUAGAUGCAAUUGUGACAGUAAUUCCCAUGCCUCGUUAAAAGAUGAAGGAGUUAUCCACGAUCGAAAUUUACUCCCGGUUAAAAAAAUUCAUAUUGGCUAUGAAAGAUUUACGAGUCUUACUCUCAGUUUCUAUAAAUUGGGUCCAUUUAGGUGUGGAGGACAAGGUCGGUGGAAUACAAUAAAUGAUGUCGUCAAUCUUGGCAAUCAAACUCAUAUUGCUCUAUCUGACUGGAAGGACAAGCUGGACUUAGAUAUUAGUUUGAAGUUCAAAACUGUUUUGCCUGAAGCCAUCUUGAUGUACAAUGAUGGAGCUUUAAGUAAUUUUUUUACUCUAUCCUAUACUCCGCAUAAGAUACUGCUGCGAUAUAACUUAAAUCAGGGCAAUAAUACUGUCAGUAUUCUGCAGACGGAAAAUUACCAUGAAGGAUUCGAUGAUAAUGAAUGGCAUAGUGUACGAUUUAGAUUGUUAUAUAACUCAGCUGAGUUACAGGUGGAUAAUUUAAAGAAAGUUUCUGCAGAGUACCCUAUUGAACGUCCACUAUCUGUAUUUGAUUCUCAAGGACCAAUCUUUUUAGGGAAAGAUCCUCACGGGUAA